GCAAGUGGCUUCAUGGUGCUUAUUUGCCAUUUGGACUUAAACCAGGACAACUGCAUAUGUUUAAUUUCUAGGACUCCUCUGCAUCUUGCUUGCAUAAAUGGCCAUGCAGAUGUUGUUCAGUUUCUGGUAGAAAAUAAGUGCAAGCUAAACCCUUGUGACAAAUUGGAUAAAUCACCACUAAUGAAGGCAGUAGAGCACCAGCACAGGGACUGUGCAGCUAUUCUGCUGGAACAUGGUGCCAACCACGACCACAGAAGUAUAAAUGGUAACACCGCCCUUCACUUUGCUGUCAUGGUUUCUAGCAAAUCUCUAGUGGAGCUGUUACUUGAGCAUGGUGCAGAUAUUGAUGCUAAGAAUAAAUGGGGAUGCACUCCGCUUACUCUUGCAGUCACUGAAAACCGUGAAGAAAUGGUCAAGUUCCUUCUUCAAAAAGGAGCUGACGUGAAUGCUCAGGAUAAAAUUUUUAGGACCCCUCUUAAAGUUGCUACUUUUUCUGGGAAUGAGAAAAUAAUACAACUUCUUCUUCAACAUGGUGCUGUUUUUCUUGAGUCAGAGAAGGAACUCAACCCAUACACACCUUUCACCAACAUGGUUCAAGACGAUGUGUAA